ACGUAGCAGCUCCAACCUUAAACUCACCACAUUAUCAUAGAAGUAGUGAAAAAGUAAACAUGAUGGGGAUAAAGAUGAUUCUGGGAUUGGGUAUGGUUUGUGCCGCCUUGUCUCUCCUGACAGGGACGAUAAUGGCGCAGGGUGUGGGAUCCAUUGUGACAAAGCCGUUGUUUGAGCAGAUGCUUAAGCAUCGUAACGACGCUAACUGUGCCACUGGGUUUUACACCUACGAAGCUUUCAUUCAGGCGGCUAACUCCUUCGGCGCUUUUGGGACCGCCGGCGACGUUGAUACUCGUAAGAGAGAGAUUGCUGCCUUUUUGGCUCAAACUUCUCACGAGACUACUGGUGGAUGGGCAACUGCACCAGAUGGACCAUAUGCAUGGGGAUAUUGCUUCAAGCAAGAACAAGGCAACCCACCAGAUUACUGUCAGGCAAGUCAAGAGUGGCCUUGUGCUCCCGGCAAGAAGUACUUUGGUCGUGGUCCUAUCCAAAUUUCCUACAACUUCAACUAUGGUCCAGCCGGGAAAGCCAUAGGAGCGGAUCUACUAAACAACCCCGAUUUGGUGGCUACCGACCCGGUGAUAUCCUUCAAGACCGCCUUCUGGUUCUGGAUGACACCCCAGUCUCCCAAGCCGUCGGCCCACGCCGUCAUGACCGGCGGAUGGACUCCGUCGGCGGCAGACACCGCCGCCGGCCGCGUCCCCGGCUAUGGUGUGGUCACCAACAUUAUCAACGGCGGGAUUGAAUGCGGGAAGGGAUCUAACCCGCAAAUGGAGGAUAGGAUUGGGUUUUACAAGAGAUAUUGUGACAUUCUUGGAGUUGGAUAUGGCAAUAAUUUGGACUGCGCCAACCAAAGGCCUUUUGGCUCCUAAAUCAUCAUAUAAGAAUAUAUAGCGGGUGCGGACUUUCCCGUAUAUUCACCACUAUAUAUCGUUCCCGUAUAU